AACGUCAUACAUGCGGAUGCUCACAGAUCACACCCUUCUCUUACUACAGACAAUUUUCUCCAUCUUUAGAUAUUAACAAAGUCCCAAAAUACUCAAAGAUGCCCGUCGCAGUAGUAACAGGUGCCAAUUCCGGCAUCGGCCACGCCUUCGCGAAGCUCCUCAUCGACGACGGCUUCACCGUCAUCGCCGCCGACAUAACCAACGUAGGGCCCAUCCAGGAUUUAGGCUGCGAAGCCCACCACCUCGACGUAACCUCUCCCACCUCCAUCACAACCUUCAAAUCCGCCCUCGGCCGCCGCCCCAUCGACCUCCUCCUCAACAUCGCCGGCGUCAUGUCUCCACCCUCAAAAGACGCCCUCGACACCAUCACCCUGCAGACCCUCGAGCACACCUUCGCAGUAAACACGUAUGGCCCACUGCUGCUAACGCAAGCACUCCUGCCGUACCUCCUCCUCGCGAAAGAGCCCAAAGUCGCCGUCAUGAGCAGCAGAAUGGGGAGUAUCUCCGACAAUGCGAGCGGCGGGCAGUAUGCGUACCGCGCGAGCAAGGCGGCGGUGAAUGCGGUGUUCAAAAGCCUGGCUGUGGAUUUGAAGGGGAAGGGGGUAGCGGUUGUAUUGCUGCAUCCGGGGAUUGUCAAGACUAAACUGACCGCUGGGAACGAGGGGCUAGGCAGUCAGGCUGUAGAACCGCGUGAGGCUGCGGGUGAUCUCUGGCGGGUGCUACAAGUCAAAGGGAUGGAGGAGAGUGGUAGGUGGUGGCAUAGAAGUGGGGAGGAGUUGCCUUGGUAGAAGCUCGGGUGCAAUGAGUGCGUUGAAGUGAUACAUUAUUUUAGUUUUUUCAAGACUUUAUGCUACUAUACGGUGUUAUGCUUGGCAGCUGGAAAUAUUCCACGCGUGCCUACGCAUAGAUGUAGC